AUGGACGAUGAGGAGGCUGAACUCCGAAAUCCCUUUCCUUCACCGCCAUCGCACUAUGUGAAAUAUACGUCGCAUAACUUGAACUUGCUGGCACUGCUCAAAGAACGUACUUCUGAUGACCAGAACGCCAACCAGUACGACGUGCUCCGCGACCAGACUGAUAUACCAGAAUGGCCGCUGACACAACUCGAAAAGCCCCGUGUGGACUGGAUACUUGACGAACCGGAUCCAUACUACGAAGUCUACGGCGAACGGUGGCCUCUGAAGGACAGUAUGCCGUCUCUGGGGGAGAUGGGAGGGCUUCAGCUGUACCCGGAAGAUCCCAGCGUCGAUCGAAGACCGGCUUUACGGUCGGCGCUGCGUUCACUACUUGUAACCUACUCAGCCAUGACAAAGUCUUUGCUGGCCCCGGCGCCUAUCAAUACAGACGUGCCUCCAGAAUGGGGCAGGCACGCAGAAUGGAUAGAUGUCAUGGCUCAAAAUAUGAUGUUCGCUGCGAACGAGCUGCGGCCUAUUCAGGCCCGAGCAAGCCUAGAGGGUAUGAUGAAACGGCAAAUUGAGCUUAGGCGCGAAGAAACCGCGACGCUUCACUCAAAAUGUGACUCGUUAGAGGCUAAGCUUGCCGAACUGCGAGCAGUUGCACACUCCUCUACUCAAGCACCCGCCGCAAUUAGCGAACCGACGCCCAGCGCCUCUCAUAUACCAAAUCCAAGACAAGAACCCAAUGCGUUCCAAUCAAGCGGGAAACCGCCACACCGGGAGGCUAUAGACCAAGUUGAUGUCCUUCGAUGGGCAGAAGAAGUCAAUUAA